AUGCCGUACCCAUCUUCCACGGAGCCAAAAACAGAUUCUGCGCGCGCAAAAGUUCUGUCUAGAACAUCGCUGUCCGAGCAGCGAUAUCAUGGUAAUUUUAUCCAGCCACUUGUGGCGAACGCGUUAGAUGAUUUACGGGCCAGUUAUUCGCCAUCUGACUCGCAAUGGUGUCUUCCCAGAGCUGUUCUUGAUGAAACAGCGCGCGGAAAGGAAGCAUCGGAUAUCUCUGAUCCGCCUUCAAAGAAACGGAAACUAGAGCAACCACAGGGUGGGCAUUGGUCCCUAUCGAAUCAGUCAGGAGAAAUGGGGAAUUCUUUAUGGACCACUGCACCGCCUACGAUCCUUUCAUCGACUUCUCUCAACAUAUUCAGCUCUACAUCAGAGCUUGAAGGUGUGGUGAAAAAUCCAUCCGCAGACGAGGCUGUAUUAUCAAUCAGUGCUGUUGGACACGAUGGGGUGCAUUAUCCUUCAGAAUACAUCAUCCCGCCUCGAUCUGCCUUUGUGCUUUGCAACCUACCGCUAUCACAGCCAGAACCCCUGGAGACACCUAUUCCCGGGUUACCUAGCAGUCAGCGUUUCAAUCUGAUGCUCUUUGACCCACCCUGGCCAAAUCGCUCUGUUCGGCGAAGUAGAGGGUAUCAAACUCAUUCUUACAACGAAAUGGAUAUCUUGAGUCAGCGACUUCAGGACAUCUUACGUGUCCAUUCCUACCGUUCACUUGAUGAUUUCUCAGAAAAUUCAGCUACGAGUACAGACACAAUUACGGCUCCAGAAGCUCAAGAACAGGUUUCCCAAGACGUUUUUGCAGCCAUCUGGAUCACCAACUCUGAAAAAGCUCGCAAAGUCGCCUAUGAAGCUUUGCUAGCUUCUGGGUUCCGUAUCCAUGAGGAAUGGAUUUGGAUCAAGAUCACUGCUGAUGGACAGGCGGUGUGUCCGUUGAAUGGGGUUUGGCGAAAGCCAUACGAAAUUCUUGUCAUAGGGCGGAAAGAUCCGACUUCAGUAGUAGCAGACCUUGGCGAUGCGACAUCGCGGAGAAAUGCAGAUACUGCCGAUCUGCUCGAUGUUGACCCGAGUACAAUUACCAGAAGAGUGAUUGCAGCUGUCCCGGAUCUCCAUUCGCGAAAGCCGAAUCUGAAACCUGCAUUUGAGCGGAUAUUGUUUGAUUUUACGUCCGAAUCUACUCGCAAGACUUAUUCAGCGCUUGAGGUGUUUGCUCGGAGUUUAACUUCCGAGUGGUGGGCAUGUGGGAAUGAGGUAGUGAAGUUCAAUGCCCGAGACUGUUGGGUUGAGCAUGAUGAUUCGACCUGA